CUCAUCGUCAUUCUUCAGCUGUCAAUCUUCAACUGAGCUAGGUACAUUUAGCUACCUCUUAUAUAUAUGCGCCAGCAAGUCUGAGCUUAUGUUCUUCAUACAAGCAACAUGGCCGCUAUGUUGGAGUUCCGCACACCUGGCUGGAAUCCUUACGCCGUCAAAUACUCACCAUACUACGAUUCGCGAAUCGCUGUCGCAUCCGCGGCGAAUUACGGCAUUGUAGGAAAUGGCCGCGUAUUCUGCUUGGGAUUGGGACCGCAAGGCGUCCAGAUUGAGAAGACCUUCGAUACGAACGACGCCCAGUACGACCUCGCCUGGUCUGAGAUCAACGAGAACCAGCUACUGGUCGCAUGUGGUGAUGGCUCUAUCAAGCUCUACGAUAUGAAUGUCAAUGAGUUCCCCGUAAUGAACUUCCAUGAGCAUAAGCGGGAGACUUUCUCGGUAGCAUGGAGUCCCGUUACCAAAGAUACUUUUGCCUCUAGCUCAUGGGAUGGAACAAUAAAGAUUUGGUCACCGGCAAGAAAGGAAUCCAUCGAAACUCUCCCCGUCGGAAAUUGUACUUACAGCACAUCAUACUGUCCAUCUAAUCCAAAUAUCAUCUCCGCAGUGUCGACAGAUUCACACUUACGCAUUUUCGAUCUCCGAACGCCAGUCAGCGCUCAAUAUCACUUAACAACAAAGAUUCCAGUUCACAUCCCCUCUCCUGUCUCUCCCCUCCAGGGGCCAACUCCUCCCGCUGUACCAGGGGAAAUAUUGACCCACGACUGGAAUAAAUACAAUCACACAGUGAUCGCGACGGGAGGCGUAGACAAGGUAAUACGGACGUUUGAUAUUAGGCAUCCUUCGGCAGGGCCUGCAUCUGUAAUGUUGGGUCACGACUACGCUGUUCGGAGGCUAGCAUGGAGCCCACAUGCCAGUGACAUCUUGAUCAGCGCGAGUUACGACAUGACAGUUCGUUUAUGGACAGACGGGUCGACGAUGGCAACUCAACAGGAGUCUCCAGUCAAGGCUGGAAUCCAGCUUGGUAUUAUGAACAGGCAUACCGAAUUUGUAACGGGCGUCGAUUGGUGUUUAUUUGGCGUUGGUGGUUGGGUUGCAACUGUGGGAUGGGAUGAAAGAUUACUAUUGUGGGAUGCGAAUAGGCUAUUACAGGGGCAAGCAUGAGACCAACUCAUUAGCAUUUAGUGGCGGGAAAAGACACGGCGUUAGCUAUAUAACGGGAAGUUGCAUUGGGAGGCGUUUAAGGAGAUCGUCAUUGAUACUAACGAUGUUGGAUAUACUUAAGAUAUAUUAUAUACCUAUACGCCGAAAGGCCAUAUUAUAGAUCAGUGCUGACUUAGACUUACCAUAUGCCUACCUAACAGCUAUUUACCUAACCUAUGUAGAUACCUACCUAGGUAGGAUAAUUCUACACAAAACACAUACCCUCAAUAUUGGACUGCAUACUGUUAGAGGUGUAGCCCCAUACAUGUAAUCACUUAUAUACCUACCUAAUCUACCCUUAGCUAUUGUAUAGUUCAACUUCAUUCAUGGCCGAAGCAUGAUUAUCGGCACACUUACCUACCGCUUUAUAAACA